GGCCUCUGAGAAAGAAGUGCUCCUGAGAGCUGCCUUCACAGGGAGUGACCUCUGUCUGGAUUCUCUGUCUCUCCCAUUCAGGUGAUGGCAUGGUGAGUGAGAAUGAGGAGAAGAAACCCCAGCAGGAAGAUGCUGAGCAAGUAGAACCACAUGGAACGUUAUCAGGAAGAUCCAAAGGGAAUGUUUCCGGGAGUUGUGCACUCCGAGAAAAAGCAAAAGCCUGUGAGACUCAUCAGAUCCCAGAGGAAAACUUCAGUAGCCACUCAGAUCUUAUAACCUGCGACAGAAUAAACUUGGAAGGGAGACGCUACACAUGCCACGAGUGCGGGAAAAGCUUCAGUUGGAGCUCGCACUAUCUCAUACAUUGGAGAACCCACACAGGGGAGAAGCCCUACAUGUGCUCUGAGUGCGGGAAAAGCUUCGGUCAGCGUUCAAACCUUGUCACACAUGAGAGAAUCCACACAGGAGAGAAGCCCUACAUGUGCUCUGAGUGCGGGAAAAGCUUUAAAAAGAGCUCACACCUUAUCAUACAUGAGAGAGUCCACACAGGAGAGACGCCCUACAUGUGCUCUGUGUGUGGGAAAAGCUUCAUUGAUAGUUCAAGCCUCAACUCACAUCAGCGAAUCCACACAGGAGAGACUCCCUACACGUGCUAUGAGUGUGGGAAAAGCUUUAAUCAGAGCUCUGCCCUGAGCAGACAUCGGAGAAUCCACACGGGUGAGAAACCUUAUGGAUGCUCCGAGUGCGGGAAAAGCUUUUGUCAGCGUUCCGACCUUAUCACACAUCAGAGAACCCACACAGGAGAGAAGCCUUACAUGUGCUCUGAGUGCGGGAAAAGCUUCAAGGAUCGCUCAAACCUUGUCACACAUGAGAGAAUCCACACAGGAGAGAUGCCCUACAUGUGCUCUGAGUGUGGGAAAAGGUUUAGUCAGCACUCACACCUUAUCUCACAUUAUAGAACCCACACAGGAGAGAAGCCCUACACGUGCUAGAGAUAUCAGAACACUCGGAUUCUUGCACAUUCCACACAGAUAACAAGGACAGGGGCAAAAGGGGUAGUAUGAUGGAUAGAGUUGUUUUGUUCGAACCAACAUGUACAAGGUGAGAGGCGGCACCUUACUGCAUAGAAGAGUUGUACCUCCCUACGUAGUGGGGCUGCAGCACAAUAUGUCAGGAGUGAUGUGUAUAAGUAUGCACCCCUGGGGCGGUAUCUUUUUCUGGCCUAGAGGGCAGUGGAGAGUCCCACCACUGACUGAGCUGGUCCAUUGUCAGGGGGCACAUAUUCGUAGUAUGUCCUGUAGAGU